AUGCAAUCAAAAGAAACAACUUGCAACUUUACUGUUAUGCCAGAAAAACAAAUCCGAACCCAAUUUUCACAAUCACAAUAUUCACGAUCUUCAUUACACUCACGAUCUUCAUUAUACUCACAACUUCCACAACUUCCAACCAUUAACAUUUCUAAAAUUCCAUUCAUUAUUGGUGAUAAUAAUAAUAAUAACAUUAAUGAUUAUAAUGAUUAUUAUAACGAUUAUAAAGAUUAUUAUGAUUAUUAUAAAGAUUAUAAAGAUUAUAAUGAUUAUAAUGAUAACAAUGAUACUAAUUUUUUGGAUGCUUUACAACCUUCCAUUACUUCUUCUAUUUCCAAAGAUAUUCCUUCUACAAAUCAAAAUGAUAAUUUAACGAACAUAACCGAACCCUCAAAUUUUUCGAAUUUAAUUAACCUCUUAAAUUUUAAAAAUUUAACAAAUCAAACUAAUUUAUCAACAACCAAUUCAAGACCAGUCACAAUUUUACUUGAAAAAGAGAGAAAAUGUAAAACCUGUGCUUACAUAAAUUUACCUACAGCUCGAGAAUGCGAAGUUUGUCAUAAUAUAUUAACAAUUACAGCGAGACCAUCAUCACAAUCCAAUAUUAAAGGAAUUAUUAGAUUAAAUAUGCCAUCAAAAUUAGUACAAGUUCAUGAAAAUUAUAAAAUGAAAGUAGCCAAAAAAUUAGGUGUAUCAACCGAUAACGUGACACAUACAAUGUUUCAUGGAACCACUUCAUCUUUUGAUUGUGAUCCUGAAAGAUUUUUAAUGGAUAAUAAUUUGAAUUUUUGUAAGAAAGGAUGUGGAUGUUGUGGAAUUGCAAAGAAAGGCAAUAGAAAAAAUGCUUUAAUUUCUAAUGAUUACACAAAUACUAAUGCGAGGACACAAGGGUGUUAUUUUGUACAAGCCGAAUAUCGUUCUUUAGAUGGUACUGACAAUAAUCUCAAAAAUCCCGAUACCGGUUCAAUCAAUCAACCAUUAUUACGAACCGAUGAACCGAAUUUUUAUGACAGUUCGGAACAAACAACAGGUCAAUUACCAAUGCCAAGGUGUAUAAGUGAUAGAACUACUGGCAUUCAGAUGAAAAUUGACGAUCGAUUUAAAAUUGAUUUUCGUGAAAAAUUUAAGUCGAAACGUAAUGCAUCUCAUAUGACAUAUCUUCCGAUGAAUCGAACUUGGCAUUCAUACAAUGGUCCCAAAGCAAAAACUAUAAAUGAAGUUACUUCAUUUCUUGAUGGAUCAAGUCUUUAUGGUUCCAAUUCAACAAAAUUAAAUACUGAGCUUCGAGAUCCUAAUGAUAUGUGUAAAAUGUUAUUAGAUUAUGAAUCAGAAUAUGCAGAAGAUCUUGAAGAUGCCAAACUUGGAUAUCUUCCAAAGGAUUCAAAUGGAAAAUAUCUUGUUGGAUAUGCACCAAGAAGAGGUGGAAAUAUUUUUACUAAUUUUUUCCAGAUAAUAUUUUUGAGAGAACAUAAUCGUAGAUGUAAUGAUUUAAGAAGUUGGUAUGGUAAUUCUUGGGAUGAUGAAAAAUAUUUCCAAGAAGCAAGAAAAUGGGUAAUUGCUCUUUUACAAAGAACUACUUUCAUGGAAUAUUUGCCAACAAUAUUGGGAAAUCCUUUAGAAACUUAUAAAGGUUAUAAUCCCGAUUUAACACCUGGCAUUCAAACAUUCUUCUCUGCUGCUACUUUUAGACAAGAAGAAGUUGAUAUAUUUUACGCUGAUUCGAUGAGAUCUUUUAGACCUAGCUCUACAGUAAAUGAUAUUGCCAGUAUUGACCUUUUUCGUGGUAGAGAUCAAGGACUUCCAAAAUAUAAUCAAGCACGAGUAAAUUUUGGAUUUACCAAAGCUAAUAGUUGGUCAGAUAUUACAAAUAAUACAGAAGUUCAGGAACGUUUAAACGCGACUUAUUCAAAUAUUGAUCAAGUAGAAGUUAUGGUAGGAGGUCUUGCUGAAGAUCAUAUUUCGGAAUCUAAUUUUGGACCUUUAUUUCUCAAGAAUAUGAUAGAACAGUGGACAUUAAUUCGAGAUUCAGAUAGAUUUUUUUAUAAAUCAUCAGAUGCCGGUUUCAAUGAUUCCGAAAUCUUAGAAGUAGAUCGUACAUCAUUUCGAGAUAUAAUUGUUCGUAACAGUGCACCUUCAUUUAUAAUUCCACAAAAUGUCUGGAUAAUUCAACCUCAGACAACUUCAUCUAAUAAUUCAAAUAGUAAUGAUAACGAAAAAUAUUCAAAUUCGAUUACAUGUUCCAAAGAUGAAAUGUAUAAAAUUAAAUGGAAAAUUGAUGAACCUCUUAUCACAUUUAAACUUACUAUCAAAACUACAAAAGCAUGGUUUGGAAUUGGAUUUAGUAGAGGAGGAGGAAUGAUUGGAGCUGAUUUUAUUAUUGCUAGAACUAGUGAUACAAAUACUUCAAGUGUUGAAAUAGCAAAUUAUCGAUCUGUUGGAAAUCAAAUUCCUGUUCUUGAUGACGUACAAAUAGUUAAAAUAUUGUCAUCAUCUGUAAAUAAUGGAAUUUCUGAAGUGGUAUUCACGUAUCCAUUAAAAGCCGAUAAUAAAAUUACUAUUAAUGAUGAGUCCAUAACAUUACUUUGUGCCUGGAAACCUGGAACAAAUGUUUUAUCUUCUCACAUUGGUAACAGAAAUAAAGCAGAUACAAAUUUAUUUGAUACAGAUUACGUUGCUCAAGUAACUUCUUCAAAUAAUCGAAAUGUUUUAUUUGUACAUGGAAUUGCCAUGAUAGUGGUUUGGAGUGUCAUAUUUCCAGCAUCAAUUUUCGUUAUUCGAUACAUGAAACACAGUGAUAAACACAGAUCUCAUCAUAAAAAUCUUCAAUUUUUCGGAAGUAUGGUUAUUUUUACAUUUGGAGCAAUCGCAAUUGCUUCAUCAGAUUCUUUAACUAAGAAUUUGCAUAAUUUAAUUGGUGCAAUAAUUUAUUCUUUGGUCUUUGUACAACUCGGACUUGGAUUAUUAACAAUGUGGUGUUUGGCAUCAGUUGAAUCCGUGAAUCGUGGUGUAUUCAUUUUCAUUAAGAAAUUUCAUUUGAUUUUUGGAAUUUUGUUAAUGGGUCUUGCCGCAUUUAACAUUUACCUUGGAAUUGGUCAAUACGGAGCAGAUCCUAAUUGUUUUUGGAGAUAUUCAUAUUUAGUUUGGUUAGUCGCAGAGAUUUUCUAUCAAACCAAUAGUUAUAAACUUGUAUCAUCCUUUGAUAAUUUCGGAGAUGCAAAUCAACGUAUACGUUCUUAUAUUCCUAAUGAUGUUUAUGACAAUCUUCCUUGUUAUAGUUGGGAUGAAAUUAACAAAAGAACUCAAAGUGGUGCUUCUCUUGUUGUUGCAGAGGGGUUAUUAUUUGAUAUUCAUAAAUGGAUUAAAAAUCACCCCGGAGGUGUUAAAAUUCUUCAACGUGUCAUUGAUAUUACAAAUGACUUUUAUUAUCAGGAAGUAAAAGAUGAAAUUUCGAUUGAUUAUGACCAAAACAAAACAAUUUUAGAAACAGAUAUAAUUAGUAAUGUUUCAAGUGAGGAAACAACAUUAACAUCUCGACACAAAAAGGGAGCAAUGAAUCAAAAUAGAAAUAAAAGUUUAAGAUUUUCAUCUAUAGCUCAUAAGUUAGAUAAAAUGAAUGCUAUUAAUUUUAAAAAUUCUCGAAUGGCAAUACAUAAUCAUUCUAGAUUUGCUUCAGCCAAACUUGCUUCAAUGGUUAUAGGCAAGGUGAUAUCACAUUAUGAUAUUAGUCAAAAUUCCAGUAAACAUUCAUCAUUUGCACGAGAUCUAGAUUCUAGUAACGAUAUGUUUAAAAGAUAUAUUCUUGUAAAUACUGAAAUUGUUACAGGAGAAAAAGCUGAAAGACCAGUCAAAAGAUUCACUUUUCAACAAAUUAAUUCAAAUGAACGAUCACCCAAGUUUUUACCAGGAGAAUAUGUUGAAUUAAUGUGUCAUAUUAAAGGUCAAGUUGUUAUUAGACCUUAUACUCCACUUCAAGGAAUUUCAAUGAAAACAUUCUCAAUUCUUGUAAAGAUUUAUGAAAAUGGUCUUAUGUCUCAACAUUUGGUUAGAUACGAAAUUAAAGUUCGUGGACCUCUUGAUCUCGGUGAACGUAUGAAUCUUACACCAUCACAAUAUUCUCUUCCUUAUUCACCUAUAACUCCAUCAUCACAAUUCUUUUUGAAUAUUCCACCGAAUCGUAUUUUGCUUAAUCCAAAAUCAAUUGAUGGUUGUUGGGAUGUAUUAUUUAUGGUAUGCGGUGGAACUGAUUCAGAUUAUCUGUCAAGGAUUGUUUUAGCUAGUAAUGGAACAUUAACUAUAACUCAUGUUUUAUCAAAAAAACCUGAAAAUAAUGUGACAGCACUUACAGGUUACAUAAAUCAAAAACUAUUAUUUGAAUGGAUGUCAAAAAAUUAUACUCCUAUGCCUACAUCAGCAUCAUCAAUUAAAACAAUAUUAAAAGAUAGGAGAAAACCUUCAGUUUCUUCAGCGAUAAAAAUUUCAUCACCUACCUUAAUUCCAACUACUCCAACUACUCCUACAUUUCCUUAUAAUCACAACUCUACAAAUGAUAAUUCUGAUGAUGACAAAGUAUCAAAUUUAAUUUCUACAAUUUCAGCAGCUACAAGUAAGUUAAAUAAUCAACCAAAGAAUAGUAAUAAUAAGAAGAAACCAGUUGUGGCUGUUGACGAUGCGGUGUUUGAGAUUGUUUCUAAUAAUGAUACCGUUAAGUAUAUGAAAGAUCUUACUGAAGAUCCACGAUCAUUUAAAUUUAUAGUUUGUGGUCCACAACAAAUGAUGAAUUCGGUAACUGAAUGUUUGGAAAAUUUGAAAUUCCCUAUUAAAGAUAAAGCAUUGUUUAUUAAUUAG